GUCGGCGGCAGCGUCGGCCUGGUCGGCCUCCCCGUGAGGGGCGGCGGCGGCGGCGAGGCUCACGGCAAGGACUAUUUUUGCCCAUUUGGAGUUUGAUUUUCCCAUUUGGGAGACUGUGCAGAAGUAAGAUUCAAAGGUGUGGAAAUUUCCCUGGCUUGCCAUCAUGUCAGGUGUAUGGCUUAGCAAAGGCAGGUAGUGCACUUAAUAUCCAGAACGUCACCUACAAGAGAGGACCAAUUCUAUAUUGGUGGUGUGAUGAAUAUGCCAUUGCAUCAAAUCUCCGUGAUUCCAGCCCGGGAUGUAACUUUUUCCAGAGUCUCUAAGAACAAGGUGAAAGAGAAAGAACAGGCUAGUGUUUCAACCUCUGUUUCUGCUCCUCGCAUCUUCUGUCAAACAUCUGUUACACCAACCAGUCAGGAUAUAUGCAGUUCCAGUGCAGUGUGUUCUGAAUGUUGUCAUCACAGUCCAGUGCAAUCUGCUGUUGUCUUGAAAAAUCCUGUCUCCCAGAAUUCUCUGACUCAAGGGGCCACUGUGACAGUAAUCUGUCAGGAUAUGGUGCAGGCUUCCAAGAAAAAGCUCCAUGGGCAUGAUUGUGGCCAUGUUCUCAAGUCUAAGAAUGGAAAAGCUAUCCAGUCUCUGAAAUUCUCCAAGUCUCUCAGUGAUAUGGACCAGAAGGCUCAGAGUGCAUUCAAGAGCUUUCACUACGCAGAACGAACCUGUUCAGAAGGCAAACUCUCACAAGCCCAGGAGCAGUGUUUAAAGCUUAACACAUUUUAUCACAAGGAGAAGAAAACAUUCAACCUCAGGCCCUUUAAUUUCAGUAGCUCCAAACUCUCUUAUUUCCAGACUCUUUCCACCAAUUACUCUAGCGCUUCUGGGGCUAGUGCAGUACACAUUCCUCUCCUGGAGGAGAAGUGUGAAGGUGAAACGUCCCGGAGCAAAAAGUUGCUGCACUACCUUUUCUCUUCUCGUAGCUCCAGCGCCAGCAGUCAUGAAUUGGAUAACAACUCAAGCUGCCUCCAACCAAAGAAAUCAUCCAGUGUGGUGGUAGAGAGCACAGGUUUCUGUUCAGAUGACAUGGGAGAUGAUGAUGUCUUUGAGGACAGUUCCUCUGUGAGGCUGAAAAUUACAGAGCUACGGGCACCACUCUGUUCGGUUGAAAAGGAUAGUGACCUAGAUUGCCCUUCCCCCUUGUCAGAAAUGUCCCCCCCGCUUUCCCCUGUGUCUGUAUCUGGGGAUGCCUGCAGGAUAUGCCAUUGUGAAGGAGAUGAUGAGAGCCCUCUAAUCACUCCCUGUCACUGCACAGGGAGCCUUAAUUUCGUGCAUCAGGCUUGCCUGCAGCAGUGGAUCAAGAGCUCAGACACCCGCUGCUGUGAACUCUGCAAAUACGAAUUUAUCAUGGAGACCAAAUUGAAACCUUUAAGAAAAUGGGAGAAGCUGCAGAUGACAGCCAGUGAGCGAAGGAAGAUCAUGUGCUCUGUGACUUUCCAUGUAAUUGCUAUCACUUGUGUGGUGUGGUCUCUCUAUGUCCUCAUCGACCGAACUGCUGAAGAGAUUAAACAGGGGGAGUCCACCGGUAUUCUAGAGUGGCCAUUUUGGACUAAACUAGUAGUGGUAGCUAUUGGUUUCACUGGAGGAAUUUUGUUCAUGUAUGUUCAGUGCAAAGUCUACAUACAGCUUUGGAAAAGACUUAAGGCUUACAACCGUGUUAUAUAUGUUCAGAACUGUCCAGAAACAAGCAAAAAGAACAUAUUUGAAAAACCAGUGCUUUUUGAACCAAAUCUUGAAAAUACAGAUAUGCUUGCAAGUCAUCAUGCAGAAAUGAGCAGUUUACAUUAUACAGAGCCUGAAGACUCCAGGGCAAACAUUCUUCAUAUCUAGCAUAUUUCCCUCCAUAAAGUUUUGCACCAGCAUCGUUUACCCUGCUCAGCAGCUCAAAAUCAUCAAAGGUUGAGCUGGUGCAGCUUUUUUUUCCUUUUGCACUUAAUAAACACAUUACCAGGGUUGCAAAUCUCAAGCUGACCUGAAAGAAAUACAGGAUUGAUUGCAAGAUUUGUAAAUGAGGUGGAAUGUCCUUGUCCUCUGUAAAGAAUUGUCAAUUUUUGGAGCCUACUUCCCCUGUCCCCCC